AUGGCUGAGGACAAAAGGAAAAAGCUCGGAAGAUGGUACUUUGGAGGAGUGGCCGGCGCCAUGGCUGCCUGUUGCACCCAUCCUCUUGAUCUCUUGAAGGUACCGAAUCGAGUAUCGCCCAAUUUUUAAAUCAACAAUACGUUUUAGGUACAACUGCAAACGCAGCAGCAGGGAAAGCUGACGAUUGGCCAAUUGUCGCUCAAGAUUUACAAGAACGACGGAAUUCUCGCAUUCUACAACGGAGUCUCGGCCUCAGUGCUCCGUCAGCUCACCUACUCAACGACUAGAUUCGGAAUUUAUGAAACUGUCAAGAAGCAACUGCCGCAAGGUAUGUGUGCAGAGACUCAUCAACAUUUAGUUUACAAAAACUAAAUCUUUUUCAGAUCAAGUACUACCUUUCUACCAAAAAGCUCUGCUUGCCGGUUUCGCCGGAGCCUGUGGAGGACUGGUCGGAACUCCGGGAGAUUUGGUCAAUGUCAGAAUGCAAAACGACUCAAAGCUUCCACCUGCCGAGCGCAGAAACUACAAGCAUGCUUUGGAUGGACUCGUUCGAAUCACCAGAGAAGAAGGAUUUUUCAAAAUGUUCAAUGGUACGAACUUGCUCGUAUAAUUCCAAGAAAGCCAGGCUUGUCUCGGGGCCUGUGAAGGUCUAACCACGCGCCGUGCCAGGCCGUUGAAACUUCCCUACGUGCCGGGCCGGCUCGUAAAAUCACAAGUAUGAUUUGCCCUUGCCCGGCCCGUUCCAAUUUUUGAAAAAUCUGGAAAAAGCCUAAUGAUACUCGUUUCAGGCGCCACUAUGGCCACAUCCCGUGCCAUCCUGAUGACCAUCGGACAACUCUCGUUCUACGACCAGAUCAAGCAGACUCUGAUCACUUCUGGAAUCGCCGAAGACAACUUGCAGACUCACUUCGCCAGUUCGAUCAGUGCGGUGAGUUGUGCUGUCGCUUGACAUCGCACACAAAACUUCAGCGCCAAUCCAAUUCGGUGCGUAAACAAUAAUAUUUUAUUCAGGCGAGUGUUGCGACAGUGAUGACUCAACCGUUGGAUGUUAUGAAGACCCGAAUGAUGAACGCCGCCCCCGGCGAGUUUAAGGUACCCGUAUAAAUAGGUGAACCUGUUCAGAUUACAAGUUUCAGGGUAUUAUGGACUGCUUCCUGUUUACCGCCAAGUUGGGACCGAUGGGAUUCUUCAAAGGAUUCAUCCCGGCGUGGGCGCGUCUCGCCCCGCACACCGUUCUCACGUUCAUUUUCUUUGAGCAACUCAGAUUGAACUUUGGCUAUUUUCCGGCAGCAAAAGCCAACUAG